ACAAACCGAAAGUACAAGUGUUUUUUUAACACAGUCAUCAAUUUCAUGACGAUGAUGGGAUAUCAGCCAAUCUCUGGAAGAAAAACAUCCGUUUUUAAGAUUAAAAAUUUUUGCAGUUUUGGUCUAAACAAUAUUCCUUUGGAUAUUUGAAACAGAUGAUGAAGGGAUGUAGAAAUUGGAGGAAGAAUUUGUUGAAGUUAAAGAAUGCAAACAAUAGGUGCUAAUGUUGUGAAGUUUUUACUAAAGAUUUUAUACGUCAUGGUGCAAGCUGAUGCAUUUUCUUGCCCGAUUGAAGAAAACUUCAUUCUAGGAUUUGAUCAAUCUUGCUGCAAACCUAUACAGUGUUUGGAAAAUCAAGGCUACAGUCUGUGUUCUAACACUGAUUCUCUGGGAUACGAUACUUGUUAUGACUGUCCACCGGGAACAAUAAAUCGUGAACCACCAGUAAAUACAGCAAAAAUCAGAUUUCAGUUUGAAUUCUGUACCAAAAUCAACUGUGAUUGUCUUCCUGAAGCAGAACUUCAAAAUAGAGAGGAAUGUGAGAAAACUGGUGACAAGAUCUGUGUCUGUAGGAGGCAGGAUCGUUACUAUGGUGAUGACCCUGGAGCAUGUAAAGGACCAAUCAAUGAUGAGAUCAAAGUGAAAAAGAUCAAACAACCAGGAUUUGAAUUAAAAAUCACAGGAGAAGUUGACAAGUGUGAACUGGGAUUCUUCAAGAACAAAAGCGAUAGUUCUAUAUGUAUUCCUCAUUCACAGUGCCCUAAUGGCUACUUGUCAGUUUUUAAUGGGUCUACAACUCAGGAUAGAGAAUGUCAGAGAAUCACCACCACCACACAACCAGAAACUACCACACAACCAGGUACCACCAAACAACCAGUCACCACAAAAAUGCUAGUUAACAUUACACUGCAACCAGUCACUACCUCAAAAACUGUUGUUAUGUUUACAACAUCAACGAUUAAUGGAAUGAGAGUAGUGCAGGAACCAGAUACGUCUGGAGAUGAAAGCUCUACACCUGACCCAGGUCCUGUAAACAAUGAACCAGUGGAAGGUUAGUGAUAGAAACUUUAGAACAUUGGAAUAUU